AUGAUACCCACCAGCUCGCACCAGAACCAACACCACCGCCCACGGCUGCCCAACUCAACCUCAAGCGGUGGAAGUACAGGAAGUAACGGCAGCACAGGCGGGACUUCAGGAAUGGUCCCAGCCAACAAUCCAGUGGCCUUCUAUAAUAUUCACCAGCCCUCCGCACGGUCACCCCUCAGCCAGGAGACAACGCCCUUUGGCCUCUUUCGCCACAAGAACCUCUCAACCUCAGCAUUGCCCUCUGGCCAGAGUCAAACAGCGGUAUCUUCCUCAAACCUUGUCCUCGCACCAGUCACUACAGCUUCAACAAUGUCGUUCUCGCCCAGUUCGUCCUACACCAACCUCGUAGAGACCAACAUUGGACACCCAAGGACUAUCGACCCAACAAGUCGACCAAUAGCCAACUAUUCACCCUCAGAAAGGGUCCUGCCACCUCUCCCACCCCUCGCCAAAGUGCCCGCCAACCCCAGCCCAAAACCAAAUGGCCGCCCAGCCUCGUUCCAGUACAUCGCCCAGUUCUACGCCUGGUGGGACUACAUCGCCCGUGAUCACGACGAACUUUCCUUCAAGAAAGGCGACAUUCUUCUCGUCAGUCGCGAGUUUGAUGACCUCUGGUGUAUGGGCUCUGUUAUGAAGCCCGACAAGCGGACGAGCGCUCGACAUGGCUUCUUCCCACUACAGUACUGUUCUCUGGAAAGCCAGUGCUACGUCCCAACAACUAGGGUGGCCCUGCGUUCUGGAGGAACCCCAGGAGCAGAGCCAGGUGGACGACUGACCAUCGUCCUCCCCUUCCACGCCACCAGUCAGGACGAGAUGUCGCUUCGGCCAGGAAAUCAAGUGCGGUCGAUCCAUUUCUUCGAUGAUGGCUGGGUUCUGGGCGAGCAGAUCGAUCAUGCAGGGACAGCGGUGGCCAUCGGUGCCUUUCCAGCGGCCAUUGCAAAGCCUGUUAUAGCGGCUAGUCUAGAAGCGGCAGCAGCAUCAACGGCAGGUGGAGCAGGAGCAGGACCCACUACUUUAUCGUCACCGUCGAAGCUCAGGCACGUGAAUGUCGGAUCACCCCUUGUCCCAACACAGGAUAUCGGAUUAAGUAAAGGACCACGUCAGCGAGAGGAGAGCAGCAGCAGCACGAGUACCUUCAAUACCCUGUACAGUCAACCUAACUCGAGCGCCCACCUUCUGCAACAUUAUGCUCACAAUGGCAGUGUCAGCAGUACCAACAGCCUGGCAUCCACCAUCAAGCCUCCUGGAUCACCCACCGCCUCACCCUAUAACCCUUCCCAACAAAGCUACCGAGCUUCGCCCACGUUGGUCCCUAUACGGUCACCGCAUACGGGUAUGGAAGUCUCGCGGUCAGGCGCAAACCCUAACCCCAACCGGGUCAGUGUCCAAUCGACAACAAGCUCUAAUGGAGGACGAAGCAUCCUCAACCACGCCAACGCACCGAUCAUCACUGAGGACCAGGUCAUCCGCGCCCUUCAGGAACGACCUGCACAGGACAGGAUUCUACAGGUCUACCUGGCACAGGGCGGCGACCCCAACAUUGUCGACGGGAACGGAAACUCAUUGUUGCACCUGGCCAUCAUCGCCCACUCACAGGCGAGUGUUGUCUUUCUUGUCAACGCACCCGACAUUCGAUUGGAACACGGAUCUCCCAUUAGCCCGCUCUAUACCGCCGUACGGUUCCGUUCUUGGAAGGCAGCCCAGCAGCUUAUUAUUCAAGGGGCCGAUGUCAAUGCGCAUGAUGAGCGUGGGGUCUCGGUCCUCCAUGUCGUCUUGCUCUUUAUGACCAAGGGCGAUACUCUGGCAGAGGAAGUUGUCCAGCUACUAUGCGACAACAAGGCCGACGUCAAUUGCAUUGCCAACGACAAGAAGAGUAUACCGCUGUUGAUUGCAGUUGAGCGGGAGUUAUGGGCGGAGGUUGAGAUCUUGAUGGCUUUUGGAGCGAACCCGUACAUGAUCUGGGGCCGGGAUCGACGCCAAAGCAUGGGAUUGGGUCAAGUGGAGGGACAAAGCGCCAAUGGAAUCCUGACGACAGGAUACUUUAACGAUCCGCUUUGGGAGGCUGUAAACGACGACAAAGUUCACCUGGUGCGGCUUCUGCUCAAAUUCUACUAUGCGCCGACCAGCUUCUCAGCGACAUCAUCCUCACCCUCGCCAUCGCCGUCGUCAACACAGUCAUCACAGUCGUUCUUUGGCCCACAACAUCCGUUUGUCCACCACUCCUCAGCGUCGUCUUAUACCACCAACAACGGCAGCAGCGGCAACAUCAACAUUCCCAACCUACCCCAUGGAGGAUCAGUGCCGAUGCCGUUUGCCAACAAUGGCGGAUAUGGAACGCCGCCUUCGAUCCCAUCCCCUUGCUCAGCCCAAUCGUCGCCUGGAUCUGCGGCAUUGCAUGGAUACAUGGGCCACCGUAACAACGCUGCUGAUAUGGCGGGGUCGCCCAAACUCACCGCCAUCCAAGGUGGCAGUGGCCAUGUCGGGUCGUUCACCAACGCGAGCGCCAACGCCAACAUGAUUGGAGGCGCCAACCCGAUCUAUGUGAUCACGCCCAAGGUCCUGCUCCAGGCCUUGACUCUUGCCAAGGACUUGGGCCAUCACGACUGCCUCCAGAUUUUGUCGCGUCCAGAGGUCACGCUCAAGGAAGGAACCCUCUAUGGAACCGGCAGCUUUGGAUACAACAACCAACUUAAUGGCCAGCUCAAUGGGCCUGUUGGCGCAUAUGGACACGGCCAUAAUGGCAUGGGACUUGGUGGCCAUGGGAUGGGCAAAGAGCACCGGAAUAUAUUACAAAAAUUCACCAGCCUCUUCAAAUGA